AUGUGCAGGUGUGGCAGAGAGGCUCAGUGUCCCGUCCCUCACGUUGCAAACGGGCAGCUGAGCUCUGCAGGGAACUUCACCUACGGCAGCACGGCCACGCUGCAGUGCCAGCCCGGCUUCGUGCCCUCGGGCAGCAGCAGCACCGUGAGGUGCACCUUCAACGGCAGGUGGUACCCGCGGGUGCCCUCCUGUGUCCCAGGGCAGUGUCCCCACCCUCCCCCGGUGGAGUUCGCCGAUCCCCAGUCCCGUCGCGAGUUCCCAGUGGGGAGCACCCUGAGCUACUCGUGCCGAGCCGGCUUCUCCCCAGUGCCCGGGGUGUCCCCAGCCAUCACCUGCCUGCACAACUUCACCUGGUCCCCGGUGCCCAGGCUGUGCCAGAAGGUGCAGUGUCCCAGCCCUGCCAUCCCCCACGGGCGAGAGGCCGGCCCCAGCAGAGCCCAGUACAGCUUUGGGCAGCAGGUGCAGUUCCAGUGUGAGCCUGGCUUCGUGCUCAGGGGCAGUGAGAGGGUGCAGUGCCAGCCUGACGGGACCUGGAGACCCCCGGUGCCCUUCUGUGAGAGGGUGUGUGACCCCCCUCCCAAAAUCCUGCACGGGCAGCACUCGGGCUCGGGGCUGCAGCAGUUCCCCUACGGCUCUGAGGUGAAGUACAGCUGUGCAGAGGGGCUGGCCCUGCUCGGGGCUGAGUCCCUGUUCUGCACCUCGGACGAUGGAGAGAACCUGACCUGGAGCGCGCCCGCCCCGCAGUGCAGGGCGGUUUGGUGUCCCAAGCCCGUGGUGCAGAGGGGCAGGGUGACCCCACAGACCUUCACCUUCCCCUACGGGCUGCUCCUGCACUUCUCCUGCGAGCAAGGCUUCGGGCUGCAGGGCUCUCCCCAGAGCCAGUGCCAGGCUGAUGGCACCUGGGACCCGCCUGUGCCCACCUGCCAGCCAGUUCUGUGUCCACAACCACGAGUGCCCUUUGGGAGGCUGAGGAGCCCUUUGGGGGACAGGAGGUGGUACCAGACCAACGAGACUGUCACCUUCCAGUGCCUGCCUGGCCACCAGCCCCCAGAGCAGGGAAUGACACCUUUGGAGGAGUCCUGGACAGCCACGUGCCAGCCUGAUGGCAGCUGGACACCACUGCCCAAGUGUAUGAAAGAAGGUGAUGCUGAUGUGUGCCAGGAGGUUCAUUACAUUAAAUCCAUCUUUGAAUGCGGUGUGCCUGUAGAAGAAGUGAAAAGUCUGCUGGAAAUACAGAAACUGCUCCUGGAGAUCAAAAAAAUAAAGAUGGAAUUAGAAAACUGAAAUGAAACUGGGCCCCUGUAACGCUCACCUCUCCUUUGGUGAACUCAGUUUGUGCAAUCAGCAUCUCUGAGAAGGCUCUGGGUGAUUUUAUGGUUUGUGUUUGCAUUCCUGGAGCC